GGCGGGAAAGGGCAGUGUCGCGCGGCCGGGCGUGGGCGCGGGCGGUGGUCGAAGGUCGAAUCCUUGGUUGGCGAACCGCUAGUGGCCGUCGCUGCUGCUCCCCGCGAGGAAUGGAAGGGACGGCCGCGGCCAUCUGCGAGAUACUGAAAUAUUUAAUAAUUCGCUGGAAGUGUGAAACAGCAGAAGUAUCAAAGGGAGCAUUGCUAGAAGGACAGCUAGUGAUUUCCAUAGAAGCAUUAAAUUCUAAGCACCAGGCAAAUACUCUUCAUUGUGUAACAACUAUUGCUUCUGCAGGAAGCAUUUAUGGUGGCUUGGUCCUGAAGAAGUUCCUAAAAGAAAUACAAUCUAUACUGCAUGGAUUCUCUGCAAAGCUGAAUUGGACUUCAGAGGAAGCCAGCUAUUCUCAGGACUCAUCAGGGGUAACACCCUUCCAGAUGAUUUUUGAGGUUGAUGAAAAGCCCAAAACUUUGAUGACAGAUAGUCUGAUUAUAAAGAAUUUUUUACACAAAAUCAUCAUAGUGCUCCCUAAGAUUAGAUUUAAUUUCAGUGUAAAGGUGAAUGGAAUCUUCUCCAUGGAGAUCUUUGAGGCAGAGAACGAACCUACUUUGAACCUGUCGAAUGGAAUUGCUCUUGUCGUAAACUAUCAGCAUUAUGUGAGGGCACCAAAAUUUGGUACAACUGAAUUACUCUGCAGCAGAAUCCAUCCUGUGCUGGGACAUCCAGUAGUACUGUUCAUCCCUGAUGAUGUGGUGGGAAUGGGCUUGUUGGGAGAGCUGAUACUGACUCCAGCUGCUGCUCUCUGUCCUUGCCCAAAGGUCUUUUCCAACCAGCUGAAUAGGAUUUCUUCAGUUUCCAUAUUUCUAUAUGGACCUUUAGGUCUGCCUCUGAUAUUGCCAAGCCAGGAGAAGCCAACUGCUGCUAUCUUCAAAGAUACCUCUUAUUUCAUUGACUGGAAGAAAUAUCACUUAUGUGUGGUGCCCAAUUUGGACCUCAAUUUAGAUAGAGAUUUGGUGCUUCCAGAUGUGAGUUAUCAGGUGGAAUCCAGUGAAGGAGAUCAGUCUCAGAAUAUGGACCCCCAGGGACAAACUCUGCUGCUUUUUCUCUUUGUGGAUUUCCACAGCAGAUUUCCAGUCCAGCAAAUGGAACUCUGGGGAGUCCAGACUUUGCUCACAACUCAUCUCAGUGCCAUCUUCAUGGAGAGCCAUAGCGCAGUACAAGAUUCCAUCCAGAUCACCGUGGGCCAGGUCUUGGAGCAGCAUCACCAGGCUGUCAAGGCUCAUCAGAAACUACAGGCCUCACUCUCAGUGGCUGUGAAUUCCAUCAUGAGUAUUAUGACUGGAAGCACCAGCAGCAGCUUCCGAAAGAUCUGCCUCCAGACCCUUCAGGCAACUGACACACAGGAGUUUAGGACCAAACUUCAUAAAUCAUUUCAUGAGACGACCCAACACCGAUUUCUUCACCACUGCUCAUGUGAGGUUAAGCAGCAGCUGCUCCCAGAGAGAGAUGAUGCAGAGCAGAGCACAGAGGAUGCACAUGAGAACAGCAGCCUGGAGCUCCUUGCAGGGACCAGCGGACCAGUAGGAAACAAGAGGCUCAAGGGGAGCAGCCUCCACCAAGGCGUGGAGGAGACUCGGGCUUUCCGCUCUACCGGGGCCCUGAGCCCGUCAGAGGCCGCCCGGCGCCGCGCAGAGGCUACCGUGCCCCCUCUGACCCCUAGCAGAAGCAGGACGGGCCCCGGGAGCGGCCUGGAGGACGCGUUGUGGCUGCAGGAAGUCUCCAAUCUGUCCGAGUGGCUGAGUCCCGGCCCUGGGCCCUGAACCCGGCACCCACCCCGCGCCUCCACACCCGACGGGGAGAUGCCAGAGCCGCGCGUUGUCUGUUGUUCAAUAAACCUGCUUAGCGAA